CGCAUAUUGCCUGGGCGGUGAGCGUUGACUCAUGGUGGCACGUGACUGUAUCAGCUGAUCGGUCCAACCCUGACCUCAACCCUACCGUCUCAGGGUUGCCUGUUUUGGACGGACAACAAUCCUGACGUCACCCGCUAGAAGCCGUCCAACCUCCUCCUACAUAGCACGACGUCGUGCCAACAACCAUGUGGUAUCAUCAACACCACCGUGAAAAUGGGUAGCCGUCGCCAGGCCGCUCUAUCCAAAUCCAUCCAACUCGCCCUGUUCCGCGACCCAUCGACCUUUCGCAAAACUCUCAUCGGACGGCUUCUAGCCUUCUUCAGCAUCUUCUACAUCAAGCUCUUCCGCUAUGGCAGCAAUCUAUUCCGACGACUGCGCAGUGAAAUAUGGCAGAUCGACGAAGAUGAAUACAAGGCGAGCUUUCGAAAUGAGAAAAAGACCGUCCCGUUGAAGCCAAUGGGCGAUCUGGGAUUGUCCGGAUCGACCUUCUUCAGAACCUCCAAUGGCAAGUUCCUCGUCAAGAGCCUCCCCCGACACUUUGAACAUUCCUUCUUCCGCGACGAUUUGCUCGAGCCAUACUACGAGUACAUGAGUGGUCAUGCCGAUUCCCUACUAGUAUGGAUUACGGACUAUGUCUACGCCCCGUAUAGGACCAUCGGAAGUCUGCUGGGCAGCACGCCGGCGCAUCACAUCAUCAUGGACAAUGUGCUGUACGGUAAGGAUGAUGACCCCGCCGGCGAUAAGUGGGAGACCUAUGACUUGAAACCGACCGAUUAUUUCUACCCGGAGCGGGAUUUGGUGCCCGAUCCGCUUGUCAGCGAAGAGACGCUGCACAAGAUUGCCGACCAGUUCGACGACAAGAUCCAGCUGACUUGCGAGCAGUACGAGUUCUUCAAGCAAGUCAUGGAAGCAGACACGGAGUUCCUCCAGUCGUCUAAUGCAGUGGAUUACUCGCUGUUUUUGGUGCGGUUUCCAGCCUCCUCGGACCCUGGCGUUGUUGGCAGGAAGAAUUCAUGGCGCCUCGGUCUGACCUCCGCCGAUGGCAAGUGGAAAUAUCGUGCCGUGCUGCUGGAUUUCUUCUGGGCUAGACACAAGCUGCAUGCCCAGGCCAUGACUGGAAUGAUCCAGACCUUCAACGUCGUUGGCCGUCAAGGUCCUAUGACGAUUACGACAACAGCCGACGAAUACCGAGAAAAAUUCCUGGCUAUGGUGGGCUCAAUGAUUGAAGUACAGCAGUCUGGCUAGACGUAAUAACAAUAUCUAUGAGACACCUGGCGCAAGACACGUUAAUCGAUUAAUCAAGUGACAUGCCGCUUCCUAGUGGAUCUGGUCUUCUCGCAUUGACUCAUAACACCGUAUAUCAAGCACCCAACGACCAACGGUCAGCCUCACGGGCUUCUAUCGACGAUCUAUCAAUCCCGAAACUAGUGCAGAGACAGUCUCUGUCGUCCGCACUCGCCCAAACAAACACUGACAUGCUUAGAAGCAGAAGACCUGGUCCUCGAGCUUGCUGACGGGACGGGCCUUCGUGUAUCCGAGAGACUCGGUGGCCUUCUUCAUGGCGCUAACCAUGGGGGGAGGACCGCAGAGCAGGAUCUUGAUGUCACUGGCAGGGGCAGGGAGACGCUCCU